AUGUUGUGUCACAGGAACGCAAAUAAACCAAAUAACGAGCUCAUCAGCCGCUUCCAGAAGCUCUGCGGUAGCUCCUUCUUUUACAGAGUCACCGAUAAUAAGCAGUUUGGUUCUUUCAUUGAAGGAAAGAAUGUCAACACGCCAUCAGAAGGCUUCAACUCGAUUGGAAGUGUCAAUCCUUCGCAAUUAUGGAAGAGCAUGGAUCCUUUUGGGCCUGUGGGUGUUUAUUCACCUCGCCAGAUCACAUACCAAGGUUCAGAUUACGAAAACUUGGGACUUUCAGCUGAGCCACUUUAUAAAAAUGAAAUGACGGGUGAUCAAUCGCCACCGGCUGCAAAAGAGCCUGUUUCACAGGAUAGUUCGAUCGCCGAUGCAGAGAAUCUGUUUUAUUCGGAAAGUGAGCAAUUCCGCUACCACACCAUUCUCCGAGCUUCCACCGCAAUGGUCAGUGAUCCCAGGGAGGUACCUGUAUCCUAUCUCAAUAAGGGCCAUGUCUACCAUCUCAUAGUGGUAGACUCAAAGCCCUCUGCGGCAACUUCAGAGAUUACCAAGUACCGAACAUUCGUCCGCAUUUCGUUCAAACAGGAACAGCAAAGGUCUAAUCCUGCUGCUUAUUGGAAAUUGUGCAAGGCAUGCAGAGGAAUGGAAGACUCGCAAAAGAAUGAUAACCAGUUCAGGGCUGUUGAAUAUGUUGGUCACGACAUACCCCACAUGUCUAUUGAGAACGUUGGGUUAGAUGGGUUCUCGAUCACUUGGACCAUCGACCCAAAUAGGAAAGUACCCGGAUGCAGUAUUCCAGUUCGGUUCAACUUCCUUUCCACUGAUUUUACCCUUUCAAAGGGCGUGAAAGGUGCCUCAGUCCGACUUUGCGCCAAGACGAAGCAGCUCAAUGAAAUUGCUGCUCAGGAAUCAGAAGCUUGCUUUUGCAAUGUGAAGCUCUUUCGCGACCAUGGCGCCGAGCGAAAAUUGUCGAAUGAUGUUGCGAGUAUCCGCAAGAGAAUUCAAAGAUUGAAACAGCAAAUGAGUGAACCAGCCCCACCCAAGCCGGCGAGCAAAAGGAAGCGAGGUAGCAUCGCAAACUCCAAAGCGCAUCUCAGCUGCUCGAAAAAAAGCCUCCAGGGAGGUGGGAUGCCGGUGGGAUUCGAGGACAGUUCACGGCAGACCAACUUCCGGAACCAUUUGCAGAGCAGUAUAGACGGUCUGCAAAGUUCUAUUUACACAAGCCGUCGCGAAAGUGUAUUAAGUUUUCGCGCCGAGGUACAAGAUGACCCAGAAAUGUAUUUAUCUUCUCCGAUGGAGUCAUACGACGUGCAGCCAUCAAUUUUCGCAGGGGCUCAUCAAAUAACGACAGCCUAUCUGCAAGAUCAGACUCCUCGGAGUUCAACAGAUUGGACACCGAAUACCAUGAGUAGCUUCCAGAGUGGAGCAUCAACAGGAUCAUUCAAGUCGGAACGAGCGACUGUGCCCGCUGCAUGCUUCUACGUUCGAUUCCUCAACAACGACCAAUCGCCAAAGGAAUAUUAUCGUGCGAUCUACCCCAAGACGCGAACAGUCGACGAAAUGGUGUCGAAGAUCUCAGAGAAGAGCUUCGCAAGACCAGCAGAUGUCGCUCGCAUUCUGCAUGUCAACAAAUCUGGACUCAAAAUUGUGGUGGACGAUGGUUUCGUCCAGAAGAUGCCAGAGGGUCAGAGAAUGGUCGUCAGAAUACUCGCCAUCCCUCUACCCAGCGCAGACAGCACAGAAACCGACAAUCAAGUUGAAAUUCGCUUGGAAUACUAA